CCCCCUACACUCAGGCGUUUCCGCUGGUGGCGAUAGCAGCGCGUUUGCUCCACUCGGCUCUUUCCGCCCUCGCGACUCGCGCCGCCCUAGCAGCCUGGCCCAUGUCGAAUGUGCUGGCCUCCGCCGGCUCCUGGUUCGAGCCCCCAGCGACUGGAGCCCCGGACAGCCCAGCGGCCCAGGCCAGCGAGCGGCGGCGCCAGGCGCCUGCAGAAAAUGAAGAUUCAACCCAAAAGACAGAGCCUGCAGAUAAGCCAGAUGAUUCUUUGGAGUCCGGUACUUCACAGUGCAGGUCGCAGAUUGGGUCACUUGCACAGGAUUUGGAGGAAGAAGAUGGCACUCUGGAGGACCGGGAAGUAACUGAAUUGGAGGACAAGCUGGCUGACAUAAUCCAUUCCCCCGAAGAGGAAGCUUUUGUUCGGAUGACCAAGUACCAUGUCCUUCAAGGAGCAGGGGAUAUAGUCAUGAUUCAGUCGGAUCACACAGGUGCUGUGGAUAUCCUUUCAGCUGAGCUGGAGACUGCAGACCUCCUGGGGGAGCAGAGGAAAGCUCAGUCUUCCCCUCUGGCUCCACCCACAACUUGGACCACUGAGAAGAUGAAGGAAUUCAAAGCCAAGAUGGGAAAGGAGAAGAAUGGCCGGAUGGUGGUGAAGCGAGGCGAGGUGGUGACAGUCCAUGUGCCAACCCAUCCUGAUGGGAAACGUGUCUGCUGGGAGUUUGCUACAGAUGACUACGACAUUGGAUUUGGAGUCUAUUUUGACUGGACUACAGUUACUAGCACUGCCAUUACUGUGCAUGUCAGUGAAUCCAGUGAUGAGGAGGAUGAAGAGGACGAGGAGGAAAUUGAAGGACUUGUCCCUGUUGGUGAUGUGGAAAGGGGCUCCAAAAGCUAUCUGUGGAACCGCUAUGGGGAGAUCAUGCCUGUGUAUCGGAGAGACAGCCAUCGUGAGGUGCAGGCAGGCAGCCAUGACUACCCAGGGGAGGGCAUCUACCUCCUCAAAUUUGAUAACUCCUACUCUCUCCUCCGCAAUAAGACUCUGUUCUUUCACAUCUAUUACACCAGCUGAAGGAAUGGAGGGGGCAGGGACAGCAGGCAAGUAAUGGUGAGCAUAGCAGGCUGCCACCCAGCCCUUGUACUCCCUAAUGGGCACUGCUGUGUUACAGAGUCAAGGCACAAUUUUGCCAGCUCUUCUCCAGAUACAGACUGGCUUUUCCCCUCACAUUCCUUCCCGGCUGACCCAGUGAAGAAGACUGUUGUUUCUGCCUGAUUGUCCACAGGCAACUGCUCUUUUGGUAAAACCUCAGGAGGCCUGGUCUGUACAGGCAUCAGGCUGGGACUCUUUGUCACAGCCAGUAAAUGUUCAGAGGCCAGGUUCAGGUAGUUGAGCUUCUUUCUGUUGUGCUAGUACAAAAUGAAGUCAAAAUAUUCCUUGAUUUGUUACUGUUUUGUAGAUAACUUUUCAGACUCUGCUGCAUCUGUGUCACUAGAGGGCGGCUGUUGGCCAAAAUGAGGCAAAGCAUGACUGGCUGGUCACCUAACCACUGACAAUCUUAUCACUUACCACCGCUACAUGUCACCACCAGGCAGUGCUUCAUUCCAUCACUAAGUUGUGUGGGGAUGCAGUGUGGCCAGUGACAGCCUCUUUUGCAGUGGCCAGGUCAUGCUACAGUAGCCAGGCCCAAAAUGGUGUAGUACCUAUGCGUUUGUACAGUGUGUGGUGGUGGGGGGUAUAUGUAGGGAUCUACAGGAAGAUUUUCCUGUGGAGUGGGAACUGGAUGUUAUAUCUACUGAUUACAGGGAUAUGUAGGUGAUUAAAACUUCAGUGGCCACAAAGAGUUUUCUUUGUAAUUCAGAUGUGAAGUGGAAGAAAAGACUUACUGCAAUGCUGAAUAAAUACAAAACCAGCAAGCAGAUUGGGAUACAACCAAUAAAUAUACAGAAGAUGCUUCUUAGUAGCAGCAUAUUGAUUCACGGGUAUUGUUGCCAGCUGCAUAAUAUAGUAAGGAAAAUGUUCCUCAGGAAAGUGUAACUUGUCAGCUGCUAUUGCUAUUACAAGCUAUUGUUAAAAAAGAACAUCUGCUCAGAAGCUUAAGGUGUGGGAUUUAAUCAAUCUUUUUUAUAAGCUAGAAUCAGCAAGGCUAUUGCUAACCCUCACCGUGUGGUAAAGCACAGAAUUCCUUGGCACGUUUUGAUGGCUAGCAAUGGCGUUAGUGAUCACUUUCAGCUCAAGUGUUGGCAGAGUUGAACAAGGAUUAACUUAAUCCUUCAGAGAUGAUUUUAAAGUCACAUUUAUCUGUAUCUUACUAUAGUUCAUUUUUUUAUUUUAAUACUUAAUUGUUCUCUUUUUUAAGAAUACUGUUGUAUUUUCAUUUUGCAGAGAUGCAAAAUGGCUGUUUGCAUGGUGAUUCUAGAAGAGUUCUAAGCUUUAUUUUUAAGUCCUCCAAGUAAUGCAGCUCUGCCUGGUCUACUCUCUUGGAGAGGGAAUGAGGGAAAAAUGACUUUUGGGUAGUGUGACUUCAAGGUGGACAAAAGAGGGUUGGAUACUGGCAGAGGGAGACACUUGAGGUUCAUAAGGGGCUAGACAAGAUAAAGGAUGUACACCCCAAGCUGCAUGGGGAGCCCUGGGAAUCGUGAACUGGGGUUGCCAAUGAGAGACUGCUGCAGACACAGGUCAGACACCCAGGCAAGAGUUGACUUACUGUUCUUAAAGGCCUCUUAAAUCUGCUAGAGCUAUUUUCUUAUCUCACCUAUUCUAACCUUGAGCAACUACUACCUACGAAGCAGCUAGAUGUUGUUGACAAAAUGGAAUAUGCAUGCCUGGCUCUGGGAAUUUGGUCAGUAUGUAGUUUCACAUGUUGGGCCUGCUAUUAUGUAGUCUGCCAGUCACUGACUCCUCACUGAAUAUUCCACAGGUGUUCUCACUACAGAUAGUUAAAGCCAAAGACUUCACCCUCCUAAGAGGGCUGCAUAUUUCCUAUAUUUUAAUGCUCUGCAAUUUGCUCUGUAGUAAGACUCUUAACUUCCUCUCCUUAUGUAUUCACUGCCCUGAAGCACUUAGUAGGUAAAAAAGAUGAGAAUAAGUACGGUAAAACAGCCCAAGCUGGUCUUCCUCAGCAGAAAGAGUGAAAAUACAAAGGAUGUUGGCUGGAGCACAGUGACUUUCUGGGUGAGGCAGAGAGCAGGGUUGGUCAGGAUAAGGAGCAGGAUAGUUGCUACUCUGCACCCUGAGAUGGGGGAGAAAACAGCCUCCUUUCUCAAGGGAAAGAGAGAGUGAAGUAACCCAGCUAGGAUAAACUGCAAAGCUGCCUUAUUCAAGCAGGGGCAACAAUGGGAGAAUCCACAGGGAGGUAAAACAGGGCUUGUUGGUGUCCGUGCAAGUAAGGUGCUCUUUCAUUUAGCAGCCAAGUCAGGAAUAUUUGUUUGUUUAAGGCCUUCUUGGGGGAGAUGAAAGACCAAGUUGUAGUCUUUGUACAGCAGGCCUGAGCAACUUGGGUAAGGCUCUCCCCUUUUCUCAUCCUUUGGCUAUCAGGUUCUUAGGCACUAGACAGAAAAGACACUUAGCCAAUUUCUGACUAAAAUUUCAGAGCUCUCAUUAACUGCCUUUGGUCCUUUGUUAUAUGCUCUGGAGAGCCUGCAUGCACUUCCUGGGUAAACACAUGAUGCGUUGUGUGGCACCUAGUCCGCUAAUUUAGGUGUUAUUUAUGGCAAAGGAAAUUUUGAUCUGUACAUACAUUAGAUAUUCUAGAAUUACUGAUCCUGAAUUGCACAGCUUACUGCAAGCUAAUGAGUUACCGCCAGUAAAAACUUCCUGUUGUGUUGUGUCUCCCUGUUGAUAAUUUUUAACUCCUUUCCUCUGCCCUCCCCCCUGUCCUGUGCAUCAUAAGCUGACUUUUGUUCAUAUCAAAGUUGCAAAUAAUUUUGUCAUGUUGUAAGAAAUUGAUAAAGCCUGCCUUGCAAUUAAUUUUGAUCGCUCGUUUAAACAAAUAAUAUGCACCAGUUAUCAAGCCAAUAGUGUAUUUAGCUAAGAUAAGUUGCCCUAUAGAUUGUAAUCUUACUGCUCGGUUCUAGCUUUAUGAAGUGUGGACCCACCUUUUUAUGAGGCUCAGGUCAUUUGUUCUGAUCUGUCCAAAUCUCUUAGUGCUGCUAUUUGGCUUUAGUCAAAAAGACUGAAUAUAGUGUGUCCUCCUAAUCAUAGAAUCAGUAAGAUUGGAAGAGACCUCCGGAGAUCAUCUAGUCCAACCCCCUCUGCUAAGCAGGGUCACUUAGAGCAUGGUAGACAGGGUUGCAUCCACGCGGGCCUUGAAGAUCUCCAGAGAAGGAGACUCCACAACCUCUCUGGGCAACCUGUUCCAGUUCUCUGUCACUCUCACAGUGAAGGAAUUCUUCCUCAUGUUCAGGUGGAACUCCCUGUGCUUCAAUUUCUGCCCAUUGCCUCUUGUCCUGUCACACGGGACAACUGGAAAGAGUUUGUCCUUGUCCCCUUGACACCCUCCCUUAAGGUACUUGUACACAUUGAUAAGAUCCCCCCUCAGUCUUCUCUUCCCCAGGCUAAUGAGAUGUAUGUGAUUGUCCUGAAAACAUGCUGUACCCAUAGCUAUGCUUUCUGCAUUGGAACAGAAAGAUUUUGAAGUGUGUUAUUUCACUGCUUAUGCUUCCCAGAAGUACCUGGUACCUCAUAUAAAGAUAAAAUAGUUUUAGAUAUAGAAUAUUUCAUCUGCAGGAAACAAGCUUCACAAUUGUACAGGUUUAUUCUUGGUUUUGUUUGCUUUUUAAUUUCUGUGUUACAUGAACUUGCUGUUUCUCUAUUAUUUAAAUAUCCAAGUGACAACUUCUCUCUGGAAGAAUAUAUAGUGUUUAUUCAUUUUCUGAUAAAUCUAAUAGCUUAUCUGUACAACUUUGAUUAACAGCAGCAAUUCCCAUUCAAAAUCAAAGACACGGUUCAAAGAA